CGCGGAGCGCUCGGCGCAAGGCCCGGGGCGCCGGGCGCUGCGGGUGAGGAGCGGGCGGGCCGGGGGCGCGGGGCGCUGGGCUCCGGGCCUUGGGUCUGCCUGUACCAGCCCAGGGGCGGUUUCUCCGUGCUGGGAAACCUGUGGUUUGUUCUGAGAAGACCGAGACUAAAAGCUCUAAAUCUGUUCGCGGGGUUGUCCCACCGGGCAGAGGUAUCCAGGUAGAGUGUGCUGGGUGUGCAGCCGCUGUGCCCCGUAUUGGCGAGUGCGUGUGGUUAACCAGGGAGCUAAACCGGUUCAUCUUCCUUUGGGCCAGGGCUGAAUUAUCCGAGGCUGAGGCUUGUGCAGCCUGGUUCCAGAGUACCUUCAGCAGGAACUCAGAACCCUGGUGCAUCACUUUGACGUGGAAAAAGUAAUCGUAGCUUUGCCUUGUAGUUCAGUGUUGUCUUAAGAUGACAUGGGGAGGCCAUUUCUUCACAGACCGGGUGUUGAGAUGUUGGAAUGGGCUGAGCAAGGAGGUACCGGCUGGAGUCACUGUCCUCGGAGCUGUUUAAGAAAAGACUGGACGUGGCACUCAGUGACAAGGUGGUGGUUGGGUCAUAGGUGCGACUCCAUCUCACAUGCCUUUUCUAGCCUAGUUGAUUCUGUGAUUCAGAAUGAAGAUUUUUGUUCGUUCAUACGCUGUGAAGAUGUUGCUUGGAUCUAACUACUUCAUCCCUGUUUUUUUCCCUCAAUCUUUUUCAAGCAAUCAGCUUUCUCUGUUUCACUACAAUGUCUUUAACUGAAAACAUGAUGAAUGUUCAUAACAUGGAGUGCUUGUUGCUUUUGCUUUAUAAAUAGAAGUCUUCUGUAAAGGAUUUCCCCCAUAGUUUGUCUAAACCUUUUCAAAUAGACAGCUUUAGGAUAGUUAAGAAACCUAACUUCAAAAUACUUAAGAAGUGAAUGCCUCUGGAUUUUGGAACAAAAUUGGGAGUUUAUAUGGAAGAAAUGCUACGACUGUUCUCAAACUCUAUUAAAGACUGAUUUCAAUUGUUGCAUCAUUUUUUGUUGAGUAUCAGAAGUUCUACUCCUCAUUGAUCAAUGUGACAGUGUUCAGUAGUUUACGAGAUGAGCCAAACUCGUGGGAAGUAUGACUUCUGUAUUGGUCUGGUGUUGGCUAUGAGUUCCAGCAUUUUCAUUGGAGGAAGUUUCAUCCUGAAAAAGAAAGGUCUCCUCCGAUUAGCCAGGAAAGGCUCCAUGAGAGCAGGUCAAGGUGGUCAUGCAUACCUUAAGGAAUGGCUGUGGUGGGCUGGACUUCUUUCAAUGGGAGCUGGAGAAGUAGCGAACUUUGCUGCCUAUGCUUUUGCACCAGCUACGUUAGUGACUCCUCUAGGAGCUCUCAGUGUUCUUGUAAGUGCCAUUCUGUCAUCCUUCUUUUUAAAUGAAAAACUUAAUUUACAUGGAAAAAUAGGAUGUUUGUUAAGUAUACUGGGAUCAACUGUGAUGGUAAUUCAUGCUCCACAAGAGGAAGAAGUAGAAACUUUGGAUGAAAUGUCCCACAAACUAGGCGAUCCAGGUUUUGUGGUCUUCGCAACGCUCGUCGUCAUUGUGUCUUUAAUUCUCAUAUGUGUGGUGGGACCUCGCCAUGGACAGACCAACAUUCUCGUGUACAUAACGAUUUGCUCUGUAAUUGGAGCCUUAUCAGUCUCCUGUGUCAAAGGUCUGGGCAUCGCCAUAAAGGAACUUUUUGCAGGAAAACCAGUGCUGAAACAUCCCUUGUCUUGGAUUCUGCUGCUAAGCCUUACUGUCUGUGUGAGCACGCAGAUCAACUAUUUAAACAGGGCUCUGGAUAUAUUCAACACUUCAAUAGUGACUCCAAUCUAUUAUGUAAUCUUUACAACAUCUGUUUUAACUUGUUCUGCCAUCCUUUUCAAGGAAUGGCAACACAUGGCGGCUGAUGACAUUAUUGGCACCUUCAGUGGCUUCCUGACUAUUAUUGUGGGGAUCUUUUUAUUGCAUGCCUUCAAAGAUGUUAACUUCACCCUAGCAAACCUGCCCCUCUCGCUGCGGAAGGAUGACAGAGCAGCAAAUGGCACCUUGCUGAGCACAUAUGACAGCUUUAAUGAUGAUGAAGAAAGUUCUGCCUGUCUAGGUGAAAUGCAGUCCACUGAGAGUCUCUCAGCCAGGAGAAAUGGAAGCCUGUCAGCCUUCUGAAAACAUCUACGUGUUACUUAAGAAAAGAACAAUUCUGUAACCCUGGAAUUUUUUUCUGCUGUGAAAUGUCUGAGCUUGUCUGGAAGUUCAUGUACUUUUUAACAGUAUGUGUAGACAAUCGUUGAUUUUUUUGAGUUUAUUAGUUUGGAUAAAGAACACUGAAAUGUUUAUUUGCCUUAUUUUUACUUUAAAAAGUACUAAAAUGACCUCAGACCACAAUUGGUUAUGUUGCUUAAGUUAUGUGUAAAUACUUUCAUUUCAUUCUUCUGUUUUUAAGAUGUAUUGCACUAAUUACAAUUUUAUCAAAAAUAAAUGGCUUUAUUUCUGCAUUGGUGGUAAAAAGGUUGCAGCAAACCUGGAUCUUUUGUACUUGUGCCCUGACCAU